AUGGUCUUUGCCAACAUCCAAUACCUCAUACCCUCCUGCUUUGCCCUGGUAUGCGCACUCUACCCGCUACCAUGGCAUCUUAGAACGGGCAAUAUUGCCACGCUCACGAUGAUCUUCUGGAUGGCCCUGCUAAACAUUGUCCAUAUAGUCAAUUGUGUGGUAUGGGCAGACAACUCUGAUCAAAAUGCCAAGUGGUGGGGCGACAUUAGCGCGCUCAUCACCGUCGCCUACAAUUUUGCCCUGCCGACCGCGCACCUCCUCCUCGCCAGACAACUCGAAUCCUACACCUCCCUCCGCCCACACUCACCACUCUACGACGAGUCUUCCCGACGGCGCCACCGCUUAUUCGACCUUGCCGCCGGUAUCGCUGCGCCUGUCGUUGGUGUCCUGGUGCAUUUGAGUAAUAUGGAUAGACGGUUUUAUGUGGUGGAGAGGUUUGGGCCUCAGCCGGCGACGUAUUGGAAUGCUUGGGGCGUGAUUUGGAUGGCGAUUGUGCCGAUCCUGAUAGCGGUAGCUUGUGCUACGUAUACCAUCAUGGCCCUCGUCAACAUUCACCUCCGUCGCCAGCAAAUGCUCUCUCUCAUCGCCUCUGAAGCUUCCAUCAACCGCGACCAAUUCUACCGGCUCAUGUUUCUCACCCUCGCCGAGCUCUUGACGUGCGGUCUCCGAGCCAUCUUCAACCUCAUGUCAUUCCACAACGGCCCCCAGCCCAUGGGCCAUCGAGGACCGCCAGAGCACAAUUUGAGGAUGGUGGAAAGUCUUGCGUGGGAUCAGGUCAAGCCGAGCGGGAGGUUGGUGUUGAAUUUGUCGUUCUUCACGGUGGUUGCUUGCAGCUAUGUCUUUUUUCUCUGUUUUGCCACCAGCAUCGAGACGAAACGAUUCUACAACGGUGUGCUUCAUGCCAUCUUGCCGUGUCUUCCCGAAGCCCGCCAAGAACGUCUCCUGAAACUGGGCUCUGUCGAUACCGGCUUCUCCCAUUCUGCGGGCACCGGCACAUUCACAUCGACCUCUUCCGCUCUUGCGACAUCCAAAGAUGUCGAUAUAUCCCUAGAAGAAAUGCUCGGAUCGCCACGAGCGGGACAGGACGGGAGAAAGGGCUCGGCGGGUUCGGUGGGGGCGUUCAUGUACAAGGCACCGAGUGUGAAGACGGGAGGAAGCACAUACGAUGAGGAGACUAUUAGUGCGUUGUAUUUGCCCCCGAUGUUGACAGAAGAGAAGAGUGAGUGUCGUGCCGAUCGUGAUGAACGAGCUGACACUGAGGGCGACAGUAUGAGUGCGUACUGCCCUUGA